AUGGCACACUGCAUUUCUGCAUUUUUUCCAGGCUGCAGAAGGGGGAGAGCGGGGGAUAGUGCAGACUGUGGAGGGACACUGCCCUCCCAACCAAUCAGAACACGCCUGUUUGCCAUUACAAAGUUGUUAACCCCAGAGUCUUCUGGCUCCUGCCGCCUCUUGCUUUUAAUCUUCUUUGGAUAUUUCUCCGGUUUACCCAAACGCCCCCCACAGAUCCCGAGCAAAAAACCUCCGGGAUCCGCCGCCGAUCCUGGGAGAGGGUCUCCGUGGUCGUUUGCAAAGGUUUUUCAAGAUGUUCGGGGAUCCUUUGGCUGCGUGGAGGCGGCUAUCUGCAAGCGAGAAACUAUACACAACCUAUUUUCUUCCCGUCGUUGUGAGGAGGCAGCUGUCUGCUUGCCUUUCGAGGUAAGUUUUCCCCAGUCUUUCAAAUAUGUAUGUUUAUAUUUUCUUUUUCGCGGCAAUCGGCUAGCGCAAAAAGAAGAAUAAUAAUCAUGUUCCUUAAUGUUGAUGAAUCCAAUGUAGGCUUGUUUCCCUCCCCCCCCCCCGCGCCACCCCCACCCCGAGGUCUGAGCUCUCCUAAUUAAGCACACUAAACGUCGUCUCAUUAUUUCUGAGUAUUAUAACCCUAUCUUGCUUUUCUCCCUAGGAGUGACUGUAUUCUAACUAUAUAUUUGUACUUUGAUUUUUUUUUUUUUUUAUGGCGCCAUCAAGAACUCGGAUAUUUUCAAGGUGGAGUUGGAGUCUCCAACGUUAAUAAUAAAUACGUGCGGAACAAAAUAUAAUACAAAGAGAGAGAGAGAAGAGAGAGAGAAAAAAGAAAGAAAGAAAAUGUAUUGUUUGUAA